CGCUUUUUUGACGUCACGUUUACAAACCUACUACCCGAGCUGCGAGUUAAAAAGGGUUACUCCACGACUUUAUAGCCACGUGAUAAGCAAGAGCAGUGCGAAUAUCGAGUUACUGAACGAAGCACAGUUAGUUUCGAAACUGUUUUCUAAAGCCACCUUCUCGGUUCUCGUACGCUCGCAGAGUUUAGUGCGAGUUUCUCAGCCGCCGGGAAGUUACGUCGGACGUAACGCUAGACACUUCGAUCGUUUUAACAGAGCUGCAGAUGCUACGAAGUUGGAGUUGAAGCAAGUCGGAUGAUCUGCGUGUGCUUACUCGCUAUCGCCUAGUAGCUUGACUGAAGAAUUAAGACAACAAAACGGGUGCCAUCGGUCUCAAAGUUUCAAGGCCCCACCAUGUCGUUCCCCAAUAAGGAGCAGAGACAGAAGUGCUGGGAUUCUAGGGACCGCUACUGGGAAUGCCUCGAUCGCAACCCUGAUGACCCCAGCCCAUGUGCCAAAAUCAAGGCCGAAUACCAGUCCCUGUGCCCGAGCCAGUGGGUAAAGCAUUUCAAUCGCAAGCGGGAGUACCUCAAGUUCAAGGACAAGAUAGAGAAUGAAGGGAGAAGUCUUGGCAAGACAGAACUCCUCCUCGACCCCGGAGACAGUCAGGAGAAGCUAAAAAGAGCGGUCACUUGAUGGAAGACAGCCCUCCGUAUAGAUCGCCACAGUCUUUCAAACCUAUUCAGUACAAAACCUGAUUUUAUCGAAAUAAAAUGCAGCACUUCCUCCUUUAGGACGUCUGCGCAAUUA